AUGGGACAAUUGGCAAAACAAUUGGCAGACCGACCGUCAAGCAUCUUUGGAGCCAACACAGAGAAGAAUCCUAAGGAGGAGUGCAAAGUUGUUAUGACUAAAAGCAAAACGGUGAGCAUGAAUGAAGGAGAGAAGAGGAUAGGUGAUGAAAAACAACAACUGGUGACUGAGCCAGCAAUUGACCCAGUGAUGGAACCUUUGAGUGAGACUGAGGAAGAAGUGGAAGCAGAAGAUGAUCAGCGGAAGGAGAUACCUAUAAUUAUGAGUGAAAAAGAAAUAACUCUACAACAGAUGCCGCUCUAUGCUAAAUUUCUGAAAGACAUGCUAACUAGGAAGAACAAGUACAUCCAUAGUGACACCAUAGUUGUGGAGGGAAACUGCAAUGCCGUAAUUCAACGUAUCCUUCCACCAAAACAUAAAGAUCCAGGCAGCGUCCCUAUACCUUGUCCUAUAGGUGAAGUUUUUGUUGGCAGAGCUCUUAUAGAUUUGGGAGCCAGUAUUAAUUUGAUGCUGCUUUCCAUGUGCCGGAGACUUGGAGAGUUGGAGAUAAUGCCUACUAGGAUGACUUUACAGUUAACAGAUCGCUCCAUCACCAGACCUUAUGGAGUGAUUGAGGAUGUUCUGGUUCGGGUCAAGCAUCUUAUCUUUCAUGCUGACUUUGUUGUAAUGGACAUUGAGGAAGAUGUAGAUAUUCCCUUGAUUUUGGGACAUCCAUUUAUGUCUACUGCAAGUUGUGUAGUGGACAUGGGGAAGAAAAACUUAGAAAUGGGUAUUGAAGACCAACAAAUCAGCUUUGAUCUAUUUAAUGAAGAAAGAAAAUUGAUGGACCAGAAUGUUUGUUUACAGGUGAAGGAUUUUGAUGAGAAGGUUCUGAAGGAAAGAACCAAGAUUGAUCCAGGAUAA